AUGGGUGAUAAGGAUAAGAAAACCGAAACAUCUGGCUCUAAGGACACUGUUAGGGAUCUAUUUCAUCGUCGUUCUCUCACCUCAAUUAAAUUAAAUGGAGCCAAUUAUUUGCCAUGGUCACGUGCUGUGACUGUUUCUUUGCGAGCAAGUGGUGAGACUUCCUAUAUCACUGAUGCCCCAUCUGAAGAUUCUGUUUGGAUUCAAAAUGAUUCAUAUAUUAUGACUUUGCUUUGGAAUAGUCUUGAACCUGAUAUUUUUAACAAUGUUGCAUGCCUUGACACAUCCAAAGAAGAUGAGUUAAAUGUUUAUCAACCUUUAACCACAGAUUUAAAGGUUCAGCAGAAAUACAGAGAUGAAUUUCGAGUUACCAAAUUCUUGUCCGGACUGAAUACAGAACUUGCUCCUCUCAGUCCCCAAAUUCUUUCCGGCAAGGAAGUUCCUACUGUUGGUGAGCCUUUUGCUCGUAUUCGAAGGGCUGCUCCUCAGUCUUCUGUUUUAGAGCAUCCAACUCCAUCUGCUCUAGCUGCUCCUACUACUGGUCUUAUUCCAUCUUCUGGGAAUUUUAGCCACUCUAAUCCUCCCCACAAUCGUAGUGGUUCUUAUGAACGUGGUGGUCGACGUGGCGGCCGUGGGGGGCGUGGUGGUCGUGGCACCAAGAAGUGUACACAUUGCAAUGCAACCAAUCACACUGUUGAGUUAUGUUGGAAGCUUCAUGGCAAGCCGGCUUGGGCUAAUCAGGCUACAUUUGAGGGGGAGCCACCUGGGUUGGCUCCUCCAGAUCAGAUUACUAUCUCUAGGCCUGAGUAUGAUUCCAUGUUUCACAAAGCUAAUGCAUCUUCGACUUCCAUUGCGACUCAUGUCUCAUCAGGUAAUACUUGCCUUCACUCAUCUUCUCGUACUGGCAGUGCUCCAUGGAUUCUCGAUUCUGGCGCAUCUGAUCAUAUGACAGGAUCUCAAGACGCAGAGGAUGAUUGGUGGGGGGUAUAAGAAGAAUGGUCUGUACUACCUUCAGCCGUCCAAUCCUUCCAAGUUAUCUGCCUUCCACUCCAUUACCACACCUUACCAGUGGCAUUGUCGUCU